AUGGAGACCGGCGGCGCCGCGGUGCGCGCAGCCAACACAUCGAGAGCGUCGCUCACGGUGGCGUUGGUGGAUUCGACGGGCUACGGUUGGUUGCCCGGGCAAAAGUUGGGGGACGCUGCGAUGGAUUUUCGCAAGUGUGGCGGCGUGGAGACGGUGGCGAGCAUCGUCAGUGGAGGCAGCAUUACGAAGGCCGGCAAGAAGGACGGCGCGAACAUUCUCGACCAGUUCAUGCAAUGGGUCUUGGACGGCGGGGAAGAGACCCAUGGAGGGGACGUGGAGGUGGAAGUGGGCGUGGUGCCAGCCCGCGACUCCGUGCGAGGGGCACGGUAUGAGGCCCUCGGGGUAGCGCGGCUGGCGUGCGGCGUCCCGGAGCUGAGCAAGAGCAUCUUGGAGACAGUCCCUGGUGCCUAUGGAGAGGCCAAAAAGGCCUUGCACUUUCUGCCGGCCUGUGCGUCGGAGAGCAUGGAGCGGGUAGUAGAGGCGGCGCGAGCCGAGCUGGAAGCGCGUCGAGCAGAGCGUCGCUCAGCCGGCGCGGAGGGAGCCCCCGCGUCAGAGCGUCGCUCAACCGGGGGCUGGGUGGCCGUGGUGAUUUGUGCCGGGUGGAACUGCAAUGAGGUGGAGAAUUUGCAGGAGGCAUUUGUCGUGAAGCAGCUCUGCGAGACGCGCACGUGGAGCGAGUUCCUUUGGGCCUGCUCGGCGCACUCCAGCAAGAAGCGGGCAUGGGCCAAGACGGCGCAGGCCUUGGACUUGGCGCCGCCGAAGUUGUUCCAGACGAACCGUGAGGACCACGCGCAAGCGGCAGCCAAUAAGGCACAGUUCACCCAAGGGCUGGAGAGACAUUUUGUCGGAGACGCAGAGUGCGUCGAAGACAUCAAGAGCCUGGGCGGGUCGGCGCUCCUCGCCCGCUAUGAGAGCUUCCAGCAACCGGCUCAUAGGGCGGACCUGUGGCGGUAUAUUCGCUUGUGGAAAGAGGGUGGAAGUUACCUGGACAUCAAAAUGGCGCUGCUGCAGCCGUGGAGCACAACUCUGGAAGAGAUUUAUCGCGUCGCGCAGUCCUCGGGCCAGCGCGUCGCGCCGCCCACGGAGGUGCAAGCUUUGUCGCAAGUCCCGCACCUCCUCCUCAGCAUCGGACAAAACCGCAAACAUAUCUUCCAGGGGAACAUUUGGCACGCGUCCGCAAAGCACCCGCUCUUAGCCAGAGCGGUGGGGCAUGCGCUGGGCACGUCGCAGAGUCACCUGCUUAAGCGAUACCUGUUGUUCUGUGAGUUUUUGUGGGCGGAGCUGCGGCGUGACCUCGGCCAGGACCCCGAGAAGCUGGAGGGGCAGGGGAAAGCCGAGCGCGAUCGACGUGGGCGCACAUGCUUGGGGGAGGAAUUUCCAGUGGACGGUCACUUCAUGUUCACCACUGGUGGCACGAGGUAUGCCGCCACCCGGGCGUGGGGCUGGAAGAAAGGUUUUUUACCGGUCGCUUUGGGAGCCAUCGCGACACAGCGGGAAGAAGCGCAGAGCGUAGCUCAGCUGGAGCCACAGCCCGGCACUCCUGCUCCCGAAGCGCCGAGUGCGCCGCUCCUGGAAGCGCCGAGCAGCAGCGCCGCGCCGAGCGCUGAAGCGCAGCAGCGCGUCGCGCAGUUGCAGGAGACCCCAAGCGCGGCGACAGAACCGGCGGCAAAGCAGGGGGAGGUGCCGCCACUGGAGAGUACCAUCACUCCGGAAGGCUUGGAGCGGAUAAUGGCAGUGGCGACGGGGCACAGUGCGUAUGAGGGCCUGACGCGGGCAGAGGUGGAGAUCUUCACGGUGCAAGGCCUGAGAGAAGCGACCCGACGGGAGGGCUAUCUCUCGUGCUUGUUCUGCAAAAGUAGAAAGAAGCAACAGCUGCUUUUCCAAGGCGCCAACGAAGUCCGAAACCACUUCGAGGGCAACCACGGGAGGCCACAGGCAACAGAAGCGCCCUCGCCUGCGGUCGCCGAGGAGAUCGGUCAGGCUAUGGCCGUUGUGGAGCAGACGAUGGAGAAGGUGGGCGUCUGGGCAGAGGAGGAUGUGCGAGCUCGCGUGAUUGCAGCGGCAGCGGUGCUCCCAGCGGAACCCCCCGAGCCAACGCUGUUGGACGCAGCUUUGCGUGCCACCGGCGACGUCGCUGACUUCUUCCGCCGGCUGACAAGCAUCUUGGGCCCGUCCAUCGCGGGCAACCGGCCUAUGUUGGCGACGGCGCUGAAGGACGCCUAUGCGCUGCCCAGCGUGCUGCAGAACGUCGUUCGGCAGCGUUCGGCGCAGGGCGCCACGUGGAACGACCUCACCCGGUCGGAGAACGUGGAGUGGGCCGUGCACGAUGGAUCGGAGGGAGACCCUCCGUACGCGCUGGCAAUGUGCAAAGGAGAGUCCUAUGAGUACGUGGACAGGGCGAGCUUGUACAGCACCAUUUUGGUGCGCUUGGUGGUGGACGCGGUCGAAGAGACCGCCAACAGCUUGGAUGCCGCAGGGCGGCAGGCCGUGCUCGAGUGCAUCUGCGUGCAUUUCAAUGAGGCCGCCAGGCAGCAGGGUCAGCCGUCGAGGCUUCUGCUCGCACUGGGUGGCGCUCGAGCCCUGAAGUUCGACUUGGAUCCCGCCAACAUCGAGCGCCAGUACGGAGGAGCGAAGAAAAGAGUGACCAAGCGGCAGGAGCCGCAGAGCGUCGCUCAAUGGCUUCGUCGUGCCGUUGGAGACGCCCUCAAGCCGCAGAGCGUCGCUCAGCUGCGCUCAGUGUCUGCCGCGACCGAGAACUACGCAGCAGACCGACGGCCGGAGGACUUUUUUUUUCCUGAGUUGGUGGGCUGCGCUCUCCGACGGUGCGAGAUCGACGACUAUGCCUUGACAGGGGAGGCCAACGAGCUCAAGUUGGUCUUGUACUUCAGUGAUGGAACCAGCCAAACACGACAUUUCAUCAGUACUGUUGGAGACGCCCUCGAGCCGCAGAGCGUGGCUGCCGUGACCGAGAACCACGCAGCAGACCGACGGCCGGAGGACCUGUUUUUUUUUUCCCGGCAGGAGUUGGUGGGCUGCGCUCUCCGACGGUGCGAGGGGAGUGGCGGGUGGGCGUCCGCUUUUCUUCGGGUGGCAAAAGUGAUCAGCCAACCAGCCAUGCAGCGCCCACACUUGGUGCAAUUCCAAGCUGACCUCUACCGAUACAGAAUGGCAAUUCAACUGAGAUGUGAUGCCCUAGCAGCUCUGAGGGCUAUGGAGACCAUGAUGCAACACUUCGAAGACAUGGGGUUUACCAAUACCGCCAACAUGGAAGUCCUGAAUCGAACCCGAGACGACCUGGCGGACUUCGCGACCUUUGCAGACUAUUUGUUGGGCCAAGCGACCGAAACCCUGAAUAACUGGGUUCAGUGGAGUGACGAAGUAGGAGUAGUGCCACCUUCCCACGCUCCCGCUAUGGCCGAAGCCUUCGGAGGAAGCCCGAAGAAGCGACGUCGUAGUGGAAGCGACGGCCCAGCCGGCAGCUCGCGUGAGCAGGUCACUGUGUCCAAGCUAGAAGAGAUCCAUCGCCUGCGGGCUCGCACAGAAGUCAACUUCAGCGGGCACGUGCUCGCAGCGGACGAGACGGUGCAGAAGCGUGACACCUUUGUUCGGGGCGCUUGCACGCAACGGGAGGUGGCAGGAUUCAUCGCAGCUGAUGCCUCGUGCUUGGUUCAAGUGGCACUAUGGGGCGACGUGGCAAAGAAGUACUUCGAGUCAUUGACAAAGGCGCUCGACGAGGCGGCAGACGGAGUUUUCCCUCGGAUCGAAGUCACUGCCUGCCAGGUUACCACUGUGAAGCAUCCAGAAGGGACAUCGUUGCGACGGCUGGCGUCAACGGCGAGGACCACGGUGAAGUUGCUUGAAUCGACCCCACUGACCAUUUCUCCGUCUCCACGUGUCCUCACGACCAGCGCGGCAGACUUGAUGCAUGUGCCUCAGGUCUCAUGCUUCAUGGGGGUCGUGAGCCGCCUAGAGGCGCGCGUCUUCUCGCAAGAGGACGUGGGAAUGAGAGAAAUUGGGAUCAGCGUGCAGAAUGGAUAUGAGGUGCCAGUGAUGCUGUAUGGGGUGCAAAGUGAAGAGGAAGUCGAACUCCGGGACCGCGUGGCGGUGUGGUUUGGCGAGGGGAAGCCCCCGUUGGCGAACAGAGACGACAGCAAGGGCAUGAUCUGGUUGUACGGAUCCGGGUACUUGCUGGCUUUGGGGAAAACCGAGGAGAGCGACCAAGGAGUAAAGGGACCGGCGCGGCCGUUCCGCGCCGCAGAGCGUCGCUCGGCGGCCGCUCCGGAGCGCGCACGCGCGCGACGGCGAGCAGAGCGUCGCUCCCUCACACGUCUGGGACGCGGCACCCCGCCGCGACAGAGCGCGGCGCGCCGCGGAGCGGCGCCCUCCGAGCCAACGUUGUUGGACGCAACCUCGCGCACCUCCGGUGAGAUCGCCGACUUCUUCCGCCGGCUGACGGCCGUCCUGGCACCGUCCAUCGCUGGAAACCGGCGUAUGUUGGCGACGGCGCUGAAGAACGCGCAGGCUCUGCCCUGCGUGCUGCAGAACGUCGUUCGGCAGCGUUCAGCGUGGGGAGCCACGUGGAACGAUCUGACACGGCCGGAGAACGUGGAGUGGGCCGCGCACGAUGGAACAAAGCGAGCGCCUGCGUACGCGCUGGCGAUGUGCAAGGGUCAUUCCUGGGAGUACGUGGGCAAGGCGAGUGUGUACAGCACCAUUUUGGUGCGCUUGGUUAUGGACGCUGUCGAGGAGACGGCAGACGCCUUAGACGACGUCAGUCGGCGAACUCUGCUGGAGAACAUCUGCGUGCAUUUCAAUCAGGCCGCCAAGCAGCAGGGUCAACCGUCGCGACUUUUGCUUGCGCUGGGCGGCGCCCGAUCUUUGAAGUUCGAUUUGGAUCCGGCCGACAUCGACCGCCAAUACGGGGGAGCAAAGAAAAGAGUGACCAAGCGGCAGGCAGAAUCUGGUGCGCCCCUGGAACGCUCCAAGCGGGCGCUGCAAAGGUUCGAGUGA